UUUAUUUAUUUCUCCAACAAAAAAUCUUAUUUGUUGGUACCACUUUCACAUACUUAGGACGGUUGAUAAUUAAUUAAAAAGGAUAUAUGUAAUUAUUCACCAUAUUAAGUUAUUAACCUAUAACAAUAAGAAUAGAAAGUAAAAAUAGUUUAUAUAUAUAGAAACACAUUGUCGUGUACGAUACUUAUAUUCCUUUGAUCUCUAAUUCUCUAUACUUUUAAAAGUUACCAAUUCUUGAGAAGAAGAGGAAGAAGAAGAAAUCAGAAUCAAGAGAAGGAGAGAGAAAGAUGGGAAGAGGGAGAGUGGAGAUGAAGAGGAUAGAGAACAAGAUUAAUAGACAAGUGACCUUCUCAAAAAGAAGAAACGGUUUGCUGAAGAAAGCUUAUGAGCUUUCUGUUCUUUGUGAUGCCGAAGUUGCUCUCAUCAUCUUCUCAAGCCGUGGCAAGCUCUACGAGUUCGGUAGUGUUGGAAUUGCAAGAACAAUCGAACGGUAUAACCGUUGUUACAACUGUACUCUAAGCAAUAAUAAGCCUGAAGAGACUACACAGAGUUGGUGUCAGGAGGUGACAAAGCUUAAAUCCAAAUACGAAUCUCUUGUUCGCACUAAUAGGAAUUUGCUUGGAGAAGAUCUUGGAGAAAUGGGUGUGAAGGAACUGCAAGCGCUCGAGAGGCAGCUCGAAGCCGCUCUUACCGCGACUCGACAGCGCAAGACACAAGUUAUGAUGGAAGAAAUGGAAGAUCUUAGGAAAAAGGAGAGGCAACUAGGAGACAUAAACAAACAACUCAAGAUUAAGUUUGAGACGGAAGGCCAUGCUUUCAAAACGUUUCAAGACUUAUGGGCAAACUCGGCGGCCGGGGAUCGAAACAAUUCUGAAUUUCCGGUUGAGCCUUCUCAUCCUAUUUCACUGGAUUGCAACACCGAACCCUUUUUACAAAUAGGGUUUCAACAACAUUACUACGUGCAAGGUGAAGGGUCUUCAGUAUCAAAGAGCAACGUGGCAGGUGAGACCAAUUUCGUCCAAGGUUGGGUUCUUUGACUCUCUGUUGAUUAGACCACGAUCCCACGGUCAGGCCAAUUUCAGCUCUCUGCAGUCGUUUUUCCCAAUUUACAUUUCUAUAUUUUUUUUCUAUAAACAAAAACUUUUGUACUAGAUGUUUGUCAUUUAAUUUCCAGUUCGUAUGAAUCUAUAUUCGCAUGUAUGUGCUCUUUAGACAUUUAUCCUCUUACUCUUACUUGAUCUAUAAAACAUUUGUUUUGAGUUUA